AUGGCCCGACACCGUUCUUCGCUGCCCGACUUGGAUCGAGAGCUCAACUUAGACAGACUCGACUUCAACGCCAUGAUGCAGCAAAGAGAUCAUCGACAUCCCGAUAGAUGGUCCAGAGUUUACUUCCGGGCUAUAUGCCUAAGUCGCCUUUCGCUUCCAAUCCAAGUCAGAGCUGUCGGUGAAUACGGUAUUGUCGUCUACGAGCAGUCUCGAAGACUAGUUAUCCGACUAUUCCAGGACCCGAAUCCCUACGAUUUGCUUAUGGGGGUCAAGCAAGCAUGGGUGGAGAAAUACCGACAGACCGGGGAGAUAUGCCGUCUACGUUUGCGCACGCUGGAUCCCGCCUCAUCGAACGAAGUCAUUUUCGACUGUGCUAAGGAAUGGAACCGUGACACCCAAGACUGGAAUGAGCUAUCCACUUACGAGCAAAGUGACCGAAGGGUUACACUAUUCCCAGUUUGCGCACUCGCUCCUCCGCUACGUCCUCCACCGCAGUUGCUCAUUACGUGGCCGUGGAUUUCUUCGGCGAACCCGUACCAAAUGGUUCCGCUCCAUGAGCUACCGCAACAACAGCAGGUACUCUUGCUCAACGAAUGGCAUAACUACACGCGCCAACAAAGUCAGCAGCAGGGUCAACUUAACAAUCAACUACAACUUUGCUCUCCCCAACCGAGCCCGGAGCAGUUGGAUCCGGAGAAGUAUCGAAGAUACGAGGAGACGAUCAACACCCGAGAUUACUCAUAUCAAAAGGCGCUAGACACCACAACGCAUUUUUUCGACCAACAGACCACGCAGAAUCAACAAGCAUCUCCGGAUCAAGCACAGGAACAUGGUCGAGAUCGUGGAAGUGGAAGUGGAAAGGGAAGAAGACGUGGAAGCAAGCGAGGAACUGGUUCAGGUGGCCGUGGUGGUUUAGAAGAUGGCCCAGGACAGCAUCCUCAGACUCCCCAGCAGGUUCCCCAGCCGAACCAGAGGGAUCAACGCACACCACGCGGAGGACAUAGAGGCGACGGCCAAGGUGGUCGAGGUCAAGGACGCGGUGGCUGGGGUGAUCAUUACACCUAUACCGGUCAGGGCAACCGAGGCAGUCGAGGUGACCGUGGCAAUCGUGGGAAUCGUGGUGGUGAUCGCGGUGGUUACAAAGACGUUGGCUUUGGCAGCCCCGGUAAUCGUGGGGGUUGGAAUGCUAGGGAUGAUGAUUGCGAUGACCGCGAUGACAGUGGACGCCGUGUUGAUCCUAGCUCUCGUGGCGGUGGUAGUCAUGAUGGUGGUGGUCGCGGUCGCGGUCGCGAUAAUCGUGGUCGGGAUCGGGGUUGGGGUCGUAGAAGUCGGAAGUUGGAGAACGGAGACAAAGAUAAAGGGGGAAAGUAA